AUGAUUAUUCAGCCCAAGACAGCUCGCCGGUUCCAUGAGAUUCUUCUUCGUACAACAAUGGGAGCAACAACUUCAUUCUUAACCUCGACGGAUAUUGGAAAUACCACAAACAGAUUCAGCCAAGACCUUGAAUUGAUUGACGAAGAGUUGCCUGAAACUCUGGAGCUCACAGUCAAUACCGCUCUCUGCUGUAUUAUCGAAGGAUUCCUUGUCUUUGUUGGAUCAUCUUACGUCACAGCGGCGCUGAUCCCAUUUUGCGUCCUGGUAGUUUACUACGUGGCAAAGUUCUACGUCAAGACCUCUCGUCAGCUGCGGCUCUUGGGAAUUGAAUCAAAGGCACCCCUUUUCUCCCAGUUCCUGGAGGUCCUGGGUGGACUCUCAAGCAUUCGAGCCUAUGGCUGGAGCAAGGAGUACCAGCGCCGCAAUUUGAUUGCUUUGGAUGCCUCGCAGCGCCCUUCAUACAUGCUAUAUUGCAUCCAGCGCUGGAUAGGUCUUGUUUUGGACCUGGUAGUGGCAUUCAUCGCCGUUGCUGUCAUUUCAGUUGCAAUUUCUAUGAGAGGAAGCCCGUCCAUGAACCUGUUGGGCAUUGCACUCUUCAACAUCGUCAAUUUCAGUGGUACUUUGCAGACAUUUGUGACACGCUGGAUUGGACUGGAAACCUCCAUUGGUGCUGUCUCUAGAAUUCGCUCCUAUGUGCAACAUGCCACAACUGAGGAUUUGGAUGCUGAAUCAGAGGCGCUUCCUGAAGACUGGCCUCGACAAGGUAGUGUUGAACUUUCUGGCCUUUCAGCCUCCUAUGAUGCUUUCUCGGAUCCAGUACUCAAAGACAUCAGUCUUAACAUCCUUCCUGGUGAAAAGGUAGCUCUGUGUGGUAGGACUGGAAGUGGCAAAUCAUCCCUUGUUUCAGCACUCCUGCGGAUACUUGAGCUCAGCAAAGGCACCAUUCGCAUAGAUGGUAUAGACAUUUCAAAAGUUUCAAGAUCCCACGUGCGAUCUAGAAUCAACAUCAUCCCCCAGCAGCCAUUCUUCCUCCAUGGCAGCGUUCGGCUAAACGCCAAUCCUGAGUCCAGUGUGGAUGACGAACAGAUCAUUGAUUCUCUUCAAGCGGUCAAUUUAUGGUCCUACAUUAAGUCAAAAGGCGGCUUAGAUAUCGACAUGUCCGAUGAUCUUCUUUCCCACGGACAGCAGCAACUCUUCUGUCUUGCGCGCGCACUGUGCAAGUCAAGCAGUAUUGUCAUUAUGGAUGAGGCAACUAGCAGUGUGGAUUCGGAGACAGACACACUAAUGCAAACGGUCAUUCGGUCUCACUUCAAGGGCCAGACUCUUAUUGCUAUUGCGCACAAACUGCAUACAAUUUUGGAUUUUGACAAGGUUGCUCUCAUAGAAAAGGGUCAGGUUGUGGAAUUUGAUACACCGCAGGCUCUUCUAUCAAGGGAAGGUUCGGCGUUCAGGGCUUUGUUUAAUAGCUUUCAUAAGGGCUCCAAGGAAUAG